AGACACUGCCCAUGGGCAAAUUUGCCCAGUGUUGAUAAAUGAGCUCCAGUCUGACUUAAUUUCAGUCGGUGUUUUUGAAUUUGAAUUUCGAAGUUUUUUCAAUUCGAAAUUUGACCCUUGUAUUUCAGUUGCCCAACUGGUACAACCUCGGGCCACUGUCGGGCCUUUGAAGUCACAGAACUAGGAUUUUGUCCCAAUUGUGCUGUAUCUGUAUUCACAUUGCAACAUAUCAAACAUACAGGUCACCUAUACAAAUUAUACACACCCUACUCAACAGAGCUUACAAUCUAAAGUGUCACCAUAUGGCAACCCAGGGCAGAGGGUUAUGUAUCCAUUACCCAGUUGCCUACCUGAAUUUGACUUUUUCCUUGAAUUUUCAUGUUUUUUAAAAGCAAUUUAUGGGGAUUUCCUUCUUUGUCAGCAGGUAUGAGGACACGGGGCGGAGCCAGUGAUAUGUAUUAAAAGUGUAAGCUGUGCUUUCAGUCCAGGACACCGACAGAGGAAAGAUUUACCUUCCAGACAGAACAAGAGAAUGAUGCAGCCAGAAAGGUCCGGUGUGACUCCAGAGCCGUGUGUCCUAUACAAAGGAUAUGCGACAAAAUCCCCCCCUGAAAUGUUCUUCCUCCAAGUGAAAAUGUGGAAGGAGAGAUUAUUCAUCUUAUGGACCUAUUCGUAUGAGUGUAACCUGGUGUAUUAUGUCACAGAUGGAACACACAAGAGAAAGGGGGUGAUACCCAUCAGGGAGAUUAAAGAUGUCAUGAAAGGUUGCGAUUGCAACGUGGGCGAUAUCUCCUCCAUCAUGAUGAUACACUUGGUCCACCCUGAGAAUGUGCUGCUGAUUAGGACAAAAAAACGGAAAUACUACCUGAUGAACAACGAUAAAGAUGAGAUAGAAGCUUGGUAUCAGCACCUUACUGCCGCCCGCCAGUGGCAAGAGCACCCACAGCCCCAACAACGUCCCCAUCCAGAGGUUUCUCUUUCAAUUCCUGUCCCAGAGACCAUGUUUAAUGAAAUUAGAAAUCCCACUCCAUGGCCUAUUCCUCGUGAUCUCGGGGCUUCAUUACAGAAACAAAGAACCCAAUGGUAUCAGGAUCUCAAGCAGGAGAGACCUAUCACCUACCCCAACACUAAGACCAAGAAGAGUACUGAGCUCAGAGACAAUCGUUCUUACAGCAACCCAGACAAAUGCCGACGUCCCGUUCAUGAAAAUCUUAUAUUACCAAUGUUAACCUCACAGAUUGCAAAUGAGGCAGCCGGCUCUGGGCAGUCGGACUCUGAAAGUGACACCAGUGAAUCGGACCCCCAGGAGAACAGUGAGCCUGACAGCGAUGAGGAAUUUCCCCAUAAGAAUGGUCAACCCAGAAAUGUUGUGAAACAAAAUACCUUCCAGAAGAAAAAAGUGAUGAUCCCCACAGAAGACCUGAAGAAGUACUUUGAUGUUGGAGAAUGUUUAUAUGUCACGAAUUGGAAGCCCCCUAAUGAUACCGGCUGCCAAUUUAACAAGGGGGAUCUCAUUUACGCCAUCAAUGGAUUCAGGCUGAACUGCCGGCAAAUGCUGUUCGACCUGCUGAAGUGCUGCACAGAGGAAGAGGUGACCCUGACUGUGCUCCGUAGCAGGGUGGUGCCUCUCUUCCAUUCAAUGGGCUGCUCCUGCACUUCCCCUGGCUCCAACGCUGAAGCUUUCCAUUAAUUUCCAUUGGUCGUUUGUCCUCCUUCCCUAAAAAAGCUAAUGAAGAAACAAGCCCAGGCCAAGCUGGAUAUUCAUUUAUGCAGUCGCUUGGGGUCUGGAGCAAACACAGUCAUAAAGCGUCGGAUCUCAUUUAUCAACAUGGGACCAAAUGGAACUAUUCCGGAGCAGAUUUAAAUGAAAGUUCACCAUGGUAACAUGUCAUAUUGAUGCCUAUGGGGUUCUUAAAGGCCUAUGGAUCAAAUGGUGAACUCUAACGUUCAUAGUUUUACUACGCUGAACUCUAAUUUCACACUUUGAUCAAUCUACCCCUAAAUGUUGUCUUGUGUAUAAUAAAUAUCAGCGUUAUAUGAAGGAGAGAUGGGAAUAAAACUUAUGGUGCAGUCAAUGGAUAACAACAAAAAAUGGUUAAAUACUAAGGGGCAACAGCCAGUGCUCUACUCCCCUCUCCCUGUAAUUCAAUCUUUUACCUGAGUGCUCAAUCCACUCUGAGGAUUCAGUAGUCAGUAAAGUAUGGCGACAGUGAGCACAGGAGCUUGCACUUUAUUAUUUAGGCAUUAUAUCCACUUACUACACUAUACAGCCCCUAACACAAAGCAUUAAUAAUCUCAAAAGAGACUAUUUUACUCAACAUGUCAUUGCAGCAGUGUGGUACAGUGAGUCCUUACCUGCCGCAAAUAUAUUGGCCCUAAACUGCACCUGAAUUUGCUUCUGAAUUGCACCAGUGCAAGUGCCCUUAGCAGCCAAUCAGCAGCAAGUUUGGAUGAGCAAAGAUUUGAUUGGUUGUUUCUGAUACAGACAGCCCUCCCAUUGGCCAGUCACAUAUAGAACAUGAAUUCCGUUGGAGCAGAAAAAGAAAAAAAUAACAACAAUUUCCUGGUGUUUCUAUAGAAUCAGUAAAUGACAGUUUUUUCAUUACAAUUCACUUGUGUUCUGCUCAAACCUCCAGUUCAUUGGUCGUGUGAUACAAUUAUUUACAGAUCUCUGUAAUGUGUCAGUACAUACUCAUGUAUGAUCCUCGUUAUGUUUAUACUUUUAUAUUUGUACUUUUAUAUUUGUACUUUUGUUGCCUCAUUCUGUGACCCCCCCUCCCCGAAA